AUGCAAGAUGGAACCAGAGAGCUAUUGGGCUAUAUUAUCUGGAGGGAGAGAUAUGGUGGCAUUGAACUGGCCAACUUUGACGCGCGAUUGACCUCCCAAGACCUAGACAUUGGAGGGACGACUAAGCACGGCGACAAUGGCUCGUUGGCUGGCCAGCAUGGAGAGGGUCUCAAGAUUGCUGCUCUGGUGCUUCGUCGCGAAGGAUUCCGUGUCCAUUUGGCUGCGAGCAAGUACAAGUUCAACUUUGGCUUCAGAGGCAAAGGCAAGUCUCGGAUGUACUGCAAGCUCUCGCCUAUUCCACCGGCCACCUUGACCAGGAAGAAGGCGAACUGUCGUCGUCUUUACACAAAUGGCAAGCCUGGGGGCCUGGCAAGUGACCCUGCAAGAGACGUAUCCGUUUUCAUUACGAAAGGACGCGGCGCAACUGGGGUGAAAGUGACUCUGGACAAAUUUCAGCAGUGGAGACGUGUGGCCUUGGAGCUGGACAUGCCACCUUCCGAGAGUAUCAUCCAAACUGAACAUGGAGACCUUAUCCUAGACCGCGAGAAGUACAACAACCGUAUGUACCUGAAAGGUAUUCUACUUUCUCGUCCUGGGUCAAAAGCAAGGGAGUUCUGGUACGGUUACAAUCUCAUGGCUGGGGAAACCAACCGUGAACGCCAGAGCCUAGCGAGUCCAGAGGAAGAGGCCUUGUUAGUGACCAAAAUCUGGGCGUCUGCCGUUGAGAAUGGUGGGCCAAGCAUUGUUGAGAAAUAUACAGACUUGCUGAACAAGCACUAUGAUUGUGCGGACGUUUCCAUGGCAGAUAAAAAGGCAUCGAAAGCCACGGCACUAGCUAUUUGGGCACGGCUUGUUGAGAAUGGCCGCGGAAAGUUCUACUAUGGCCUCGGAUUGAAUGAGACACAGGACUCGAAGAUAAUCACUACAAGUCUUCGAAGAGAACCGGCUGGCCUAUCGAAAAAGCUUUGGAAUCUCUUGUCACGAUACAGUCUUGUGCGAACCCCUGACGAACAGAGAGCACUUCUUUUCGAAAACUCGCAACGCUCAUCGCUGCAACCAACCCAAUUUUCAAAACAUGUACAGCGCGGACUAGCAGGCUGCUUGGCAUUGUGUUCGCAAACUCACAAUCUGUCCGUAGAAUACGUAUCUGGAGACACCGAUGUUGCCGUUCUCUUCAACCCAGACACUCGCUGUCUCAAAAUACAUGAGAAAUACCUGAGACCCGACACAGCUCACGAGUUGGCACCUUGCCUCGCUUACCCGAUGGGCCGCGCGAAUCAUGAGGAUUCGCCGUCAUUCUUCUGCGAUCAUAUCGUCGAGGAGCUUUAUGAACAAGCGCUUGAACAGGUUGUAGACCCGCCUGACCCUAUUCUUGUCCGCUCAUUGCGACUUGCGGCAAGGGAUAGCGUUCAACUGAUGCCCCGCAUGAUAUCCGUGGACCUGUCAAAGCAGCCACUUCAGCUCAAAGUUUCUUGGAGAAUCAAAGAUAGCGAGUUAUUGCGCGAUUUUAUCGGCCCGGAAAUGCGUUACAUUGUGACGCUUCAUCGGGAAAGCACAUGUUCCCAAUUAAAGGAAGUGCUACGUAAGGACGGAGUCAUGGUUGCCACUUGUGGCUGUCAGAUGGCAACUACUUCGUUCAAUGUUCACGAGGCUCAAUUCAGCGGCCUGCACAGUGAGGAGUUAUAUUUUCCUCUUGUCGCAGCAGUUCGUGAUAUGGCCAUCUAUGGAUUGGCACCAGAUGCCGUCGCUCCA